AUUAUUAGAUAUAUAGCAUUAUUCGUUUUCCAGAACCUUGCAUAUUCAGUGGAAGCACGAAGUCUCUGUAGUGAGUUACAUCCAGCAUCUUCUCAUGAUGCAUGUCAGGCCAACAGUGUAAAAGCUGAGGAAGUGUCAGAUGCAGAAGAAGAGAAGUAUCCUGUGCCAAUAACAUUUCAAAGAAUAAAGGCUGAACCUGAGAGUACUGUUAAAGAACUUCAACCUGUAUGGAGUGCGGAGCGGCGAUAUUCCUGUCAUGAGUGUGAUAAAUCAUUCACUCAACAGUGUAAUCCGAGGGCUCAUCAGUGCAACACACAUCAACACAUACAUAGUAGGGAGAGACCAUUUUGCUGUGAUGUGUGCAGUAAGUCAUUCCAUUCUCGCAACCACCUGAAGAGACAUGAACGCAUACACAGUGGGGAGAGGCCAUUUUGCUGUGAUAUGUGUAAUAAAUCAUACAGUGAUAGGAGUAGUCUGAGGAAGCAUCUGUUCUUACAUAGUGGUGAGCGGCCGUUUUGCUGCGAUGUGUGCAAUAAGUCAUUCAAUCAGCGGUGUAAUCUGAAAGUACAUCAACGGCUACAUAGUGGUGAGCGGCCAUUUAGCUGUGAUGUGUGUAAUAAGUCAUUCAGUCGCCUGGGUAAUCUGAAGAGACAUCAACAGCUGCACAGUGGUGAGCGGCCAUUUUGCUGUAACGUGUGUAAAAAGUCAUUCAAUCAGCGGUGUAAUCUGAAAGUACAUCAACGGCUACAUAGUGGUGAGCGGCCAUUUUGCUGUAACGUGUGUAAAAAGUCAUUCAAUCAGCGGUGUAAUCUGAAAGUACAUCAACGGCUACAUAGUGUUGAGCAGCCAUUUAGCUGUGAUGUGUGUAAUAAAUCAUACAGUGAUAGGAGUAGUCUGAGGAAGCAUCUGCGCAUACACAGUGGUGAGCGGCCAUUUUGCUGUAACUUGUGUAAUAAGUCAUUCAUUCAGCAGGGUAAUCUGAAAGUACAUCAACGGCUACAUAGUGGUGAGCGGCCAUUUUGCUGUGAUGUGUGUAAUAAGUCAUUCAGUCAGCAGAGCAUUCUGAAGACACAUCAACAACUACACAGUGGUGAGCGGCCGUUUUGCUGUAACGUGUGUAAUAAGUCAUUCAGUCAGCAGGGUAAUCUGAAAGUACAUCAACGGCUACAUAGUGGUGAGCGGCCAUUUUGCUGCGAUGUGUGUAAUAAAUCAUUGAGUAAUCGGAGUCAACUGAGGAGGCACCUGCACAUACAUAGUGGAGAGCGGCCAUUCUGCUGUAACGUGUGUAAUAAGUCAUUCAGUCGGCGGAGCCAUCUGAAGACACAUCAACAGCUACACAGUGGUGAGCGGCCGUUUUGCUGUAACAUGUGUAAUAAGUCAUUCAGUCAGCGAGGUAAUCUGAAAGUUCAUCAACGGCUACAUAGUGGUGAGCGGCCAUUUUCCUGUGAUGUGUGUAAUAAAUCAUACAGUGAUAGGAGUAGUCUGAGGAAGCAUCUGCGCAUACAUAGUGGUGAGCUGGCAUAGAGCUGUGUGGUGUGUAAUAAGUUGUUUGCUCAUCAGAGCCAUCUGGAGACACAUCGAGUGGCACGUAGUGAUGGGUGUAUUACAUCAUAGAGCAGUAGAGGUGGGUUUGAACUAAAGGACCAGCACGUGAGUUGUAGCUUUCUGCUCAUGACACAGUUUUCUGUCUGUUGCAUGCUGUGUGUUUGUAGAGUGCUAUGAGUUAUUGCAGGUGCUAACAUUUCCAACUGACUAGGGAAAUCAAUUGCACCCCACACUACAAAAGGUCAGUGCAUAUCCGCAUUUGUUUACUACUGAUUGCAGAUCCAUACAAACCCCUGUCUGGUUAAGAGUAAACAGAUAUGACAUGAUCUCCCACAGUUAUAUUGUUUGCUUCAGUUGUUGAAGUGUAGUAAUGCAUAGUUAAUGAAACUGAUUGAGAAUGUGUAAACAAUUCUGCAGCAUUAUUUAUGAUGACCUCUUGAAGUUUGAAACAUGUAGGGGAACAUCUUUCCACAAUAAACGAAUGAUGAUGCAUUAGUAUUGAAUCAUCUUUGUUUACAUUCAUAGAUGUUUUGUUGAUGGUCCCAUUUGUGAUAUCCUGAACUGAUGUUUUGGUGUUUGGGAGUAUUGGUCAUGUGACACGCAGAGCUGAAUGAAGUUCCAUCAACUUAAAUUCCUACAGUCUCAAAAGCACAUACAUUUAAGUUUCAAUUCACUGGAAUGAAGUGAAGAUGAGAGUGAUAAAGUUCAUGAAGUCUACUCUUUCGAAAUAUGAUAACAGUGAAAAAAUGAAUGAAUGAAGUGUUGUAGACUCGUAUGACACAGUGGACUGAACUUUUCAUUACCUACACUGUAAAAAAUGAAGGGUAAUAGAUGAAACGCUUUAUUCUCUUUUGUGGGUAAGCUUGAAGUCAAGCGUCUACUGCAGGGUUUAGCUUUUUGGAAUGAUAAAAUUAAAAUUCAUCUGAAAUGGAAUAUAAGGGCAUGGCCUGGAUUUAAUAAAACAGAAGAUGGGUGCCAUUGACAAAUAUAAAUACGAUAAUAUUUUACUUGAUACAAAAGGGAGGAGGUUUCUCUUCACCAGCAAAGUGACUUAUCUUUCCAAGAAUAACUCCUCCCUGGACUAAACUGUAUAAUAUUCUCAUAAGACUUAACAGUUUCAAUAAAAAAAUAAAAAAACGUUUUAAAGUUAAAAGAAAGGUAACUUGUUUCAGCAUCAAAUUAAUUGUGUUGUUUAAAUCUUACUUACUCGUGGAGCCGAGCCG